UCCCCCCGGCAGCAGAUGGUUCGGUCCAGACGCGUCACCCAUUGUUUACAAAUCAAACGGCUUGUUUGUGUGUACUGAGCGGAGUGGAGCGGCCCGGUUCGGUUCGGUCCGCAGAGAGAUGCCGAGUCUGAAGGAGAACCUGCUGGCGCUGCAGCAGGCCGUGGGCCCCGCGGACGUGGACGCGCUGGUCACGCAGAUCGGAGAGGCGCUGCAGCUCCACGGGGCCCCGGGGGGGAACCCACGGACCGGGCCCGGGUCCUGCGGGGGCGCGGCGGGCCCGAACCUCCAGCAGAACCCCCGCGGCUGCUGCCUGAAGAUCCGGAACCAGCGCGGGACCCACCGGACCCGCAGCCCGUACCAGCUGCCGAGCCACGCGGAGCCGGACUGGGACCAGAUCCGACCGUGGAACCGGAAGCGGGUCCCGGUUCGGGUCCAGGAGGAGGACCCGCACCGGCUGCUGCAGGAACUGAUUCUGUCCGGGAACCUGAUCAAGGAGGCGGUUCGGAGGCUGCAGUUCUCCCCGGACUGCAGGGAGCUGGGCCGGGCUCCGGACAGCCUGCCCUGCGCCUGAUGGGAGGACUGGACUGGACUGGAACACUCUGAACCAGACUGGACCGGAUGGGAGUUCUGGUUCCGUGUUUUUAUAACAUGUGUCUCAUGGAGGGAACGUGUGGCUCUGCGUGCACGCGCCUCGGUCACGUGCACGCAGUGUUCUUGAACAAUGAUUACGUUUUGUGGGGGCGGGGCUUGAUCAGACCGGAUGUUUACAGUGACUGGCCCCCCACCCCACUCCAAACUGAUGUUGGCGUCACCUGCAGCAGGUGAGGCUGCUGACGUCAGAGACUGAUCUUGUUUGUUUAUUUCCUGUUUGUGUGUCCAGAAGAAUCACGUGACUGCUCCGUAGCGGAGCGCCUUCAGAUUCCUGACUCAUCAGGGCUUUUAUUGUCUUAAUAAUAAACACUUCCUGUUUUCCACCUGUGA